CAGACCGGAACCCCAGUACUCAACACCAUGUUGCUCAUCGGAGAUGUUAAACAUUGACACAUAAAUAGACUAUCAUGAUAUUUGUAGGAUUUAGUGCAGUUGACUUUACAUGGUUAUUAUUAUCGCUGAUUUUCUUACUCGCAUUUUCUUUACACGUGUUUCUUUUUCACUCUUCCGCCAAAUUUACACAAUCUCGUUCGUUUCAGCUGUUUCAGGAUCUGAUCAGAUACGGGAAAACCAAGAAUUCACAGCGUCCAGCCUAUGUGCGGGUUUUUGACGUUCCCAAAAGAUGGUUCUCUCAUUUUUACAUGGUUUCGGUCGUGUGGAACGGCUUGUUAAUCACGCUGUCCCUGCGAACUUCCCUCCUGGGAUCUGACCUACCGCUAUGGCUUAGCAACACGCUAGGAUUCCUGACCGACAGUUCCGCAGCGGCGUGGAAAGGAGUCCCGUUGUCUACUGCACUUGCGCAGAUGCUGCUCUGGGUGCACUCGGCCAGGAGGCUUCAGGAAUGCGCGCAGGUCAGUGUCUUCUCCGGAAGUGUCAUACACGCCGCGCAGUACGCUUUCGGUCUGGGGUACUACGUCCUGCUGGGCCUGACGGUUUUGUGCGUGGGCGGCCCGCACCUGCAGGAAGGGACACCUGCAUCGCUGACCCAGCUCCAGUGGUGUCAUGCUGCUGGAAUCCUGCUCUUCCUUUGGGGCUCGCUGCACCAGCAUCGCUGUCUGCGGCUGCUGGCACACCUGCGCACCGGAGCUUCAGGUGAGGUUCAGACGCUGGAGCAUAAGGUUCCCUGUGGAGACUGGUUUGAGCUGGUGUCCUGCCCGCACUACUUUGCAGAGCUGGUGAUCUACGUGUCCCUCGCCAUCGUUACUGGCGGCCGUGUGCUCACCUGGUGGCUCGUGGUCCUGUACGUGCUCUUCAAUCAAGCCCUGGCUGCGCAGCUGUGUCACGAGUUUUAUCGCAGGAAGUUUGAGCACUACCCUAAGCAGCGCAAGGCCUUCAUUCCAUUUCUGUUUUAGCUCCUCUGCACCGCCCAUAGCUUUGUGUGUGUGUAACCAUUCACUGUUUAAAAAAAUACAUUGCAGGAAAUGUGUCUAUUGUGUCUAUAAUUUGAGAUGAUCCUGUCAAAUGAAAGUUUGUAAUGGCUGCAUAUGUUUAUUUUAAAAAUAAAAACCCAAACAACACCAAA